AUGGCCAACGCCGCUGACCGAACAGCUAUGGGCGUACGCAAAAAACAGCGGCUACAAUGGUCGGAAAGGGCCACGUGGACACUUAUCAAGCUGUGGGAAGACAACCUACACUCGCUACGUGCGCAAAAGCACAAUGGAGACGUGCACGCCAGCAUUGCGGGAGCGCUCACAAGCGCGGGUGUUCCCCGCACGAAAGAACAGGUGCACACCAAAAUAGAGAACUUCGGACACACUUACAGGAGGUGCCUGAAACAACUUGCAACGGGGUCCUCCCCAGCAAGCUGGCCAUUUUUCACAGAAGUACACAGGUUCCUAGGCUCCCUGCUUGUAAACGACCCUUCCUUAAUGGAGGAGGCUGGGAGCGGCAUAGGCACCACAAGCAGCAGUGCCUCAGUAGAGGAACUCAUCUUCGGCAUGAUGGACUCCAGUUCAUCGUCCUAUCCAGAUGUCUAA